ACGAGGAACAAGAUAUGAAUGAGAUAACUGUUAAAAUCAUUUUAUUAGAUUCAUAUCCUUUAUAGCUGAAUUGUUUGUGUUGUUUAUCGACCUUAUUUUUCUAUCCGAUUUCUAAUUGCAUAUUUAUUUCUGUCCAAGUGUAAUUGCAAACAGUUGCAGUAGGUUCAUUUUGCAUGUUAUAUUUAUUGUUUUACGUGAACCGGUCUUUCUAACCUAGAAAUUGCUCUCCGAAAAAUCUGAGAGGUCAACAGCACCAAUUCUCUGAGAGAACUUUAAAAAGAAAAUUGACACUUAGAAAUGGAGAUAAUUUAUAUUUUCCUAUAUUUAUAUUGCCUGCGAUGAGAAUUGCAAACAAACUCAACAUUCAAUUUGACAAGUAAAGAGAGACGUAUUAUUUAUUAAAAAUACAGAGUGAUCGGCUCGACAUGUCAAAAGGAAUGUGGUACAGGAAUUUGAGGAAUUGUUUGAUGCAACGAAGGUGGAUAGACCCACAGUGGCUUCAAGGAUGUCGUGCGAUCCAUAGAACGAUUUCCGUGCCUUGGCACACAUCUGUAAUUAAUGCUCGGUCAACCGAACCAGUUAUAGACCAGAAACCCGUCAGGAAUAUUAGAGAUGGACCCUCUUUGAGGGACUUCUUAAGUCCAUCCGUUAUUGAUAUUCCCAAUGAGGAAUCUGUUCCCUACUUGCAGGAUGUUCAUGGCAAAAAUCAGAAAGUAUACUUUGAAAUUUAUGGUUGCCAAAUGAAUGUGAACGAUGCUGAUAUAAUAUGGUCAGUGCUGAAGUCACAUGGCUAUAAACACACACAAUGCCUUGACGAUGCGGACAUUGUACUUCUUAUUACAUGUUCCAUUAGGGAAAAUGCCGAGCAGAAAGUGUGGAAUAAAUUAGAGUACCUGAAUAGCCUGAGGAACAAGAGGAAAAGAAAUAAGAUUGGAUCACCUAUGAAGAUUGGUCUCUUAGGAUGCAUGGCUGAACGCUUAAAAACUAAAAUAUUAGAUGAAGGGAAGCUUGUAGAAAUAAUAGCAGGUCCUGAUAGUUACAAGGAUUUACCCAGACUCCUAGCAAUAACGGAUAAUGAAACGGCUGUUAAUGUUAUGUUAUCAUUUGAUGAAACAUAUGCGGAUGUAAUGCCAGUUAGACUCAAUCAAGAUUCUACUGGGGCAUAUAUUUCUAUAAUGAGAGGUUGUGAUAACAUGUGCACUUAUUGCAUUGUACCAUUCACGAGGGGCAGAGAGAGAUCGCGACCGAUUACUAGCAUACUAGACGAAGUCCGACUGUUAUCGAAUCAAGGUGUAAAGGAAAUAACUCUUCUCGGACAGAACGUGAAUAGCUACAGAGAUUUGUCAGAAUCAGAAUUUAUCUUAACAGCUAAUACAGAGACCCAUCUUGCUAAAGGUUUCAAGACGGUUUAUAAGAAUAAAAAAGGCGGCUUAAGGUUCAGCGAUCUUCUCGAUAAAGUCUCCUUGAUUAAUCCGGAAAUGCGAAUAAGAUUUACAUCACCUCAUCCUAAAGACUUUCCCGAUGAAGUGUUACAUUUGAUAGCCGAAAGACCGAACAUCUGCAAACAGAUUCACUUACCCGCUCAAAGUGGCAAUUCCGCGGUUUUAGAAAGAAUGCGAAGAGGGCACACUAGGGAAGCAUAUUUAGAUUUGGUGUAUCACAUACGUGAAAUUCUUCCAAAUAUAUACCUUUCUAGUGAUUUUAUCUGUGGGUUCUGCGGCGAAACUGAAGAAGAGUUUCAAGAUACCUUAUCACUAAUAGAAGAUGUUAAAUACAACUGCGCCUAUUUAUUUGCUUAUAGUAUGCGUGAGAAAACUCCAGCGCAUAGGCAGUACAAAGAUGAUGUCGAAUCGGACGUAAAAGUGGAGCGUUUAAAGCGGAUGAUUACAUUAUAUAGAAAGGAGGUAGAAAAAUUAAAUAAAGCACAAAUAGGACAAUAUCAGCUUGUUCUUGUAGAAGGAGCAAGCAAAAGAACUGAUCAAAAGUUACAAGGUAGAAAUGAUGGUAAUAUAAGAGUUAUACUGCCAUCUACAAUUAUUCCAAUUAAUCAACAUUCUACUGUUACAAAGGAGAUACAGGCAGGUGAUUAUAUUGUUGUACGAAUUGAUGACGCUAAUUCUCAGACUUUACGAGGUACACCUUUAUAUCAUUCUUCAAUAACAGAUUAUUCAUUAAAUAGAUAAUGAAUUAUUACAUUAUUAUUGUGUUACUCAAUAAAAAUUAUAAUU